AUGCUGCUGCACUGGACCGCGAUUGUUGCUGCUUUCGUCCUCUUGGUCGCGUUGCCGACGCCUGCGCGCGCGUAUAUUCCUGCGCAGGGCACGAACGAGACGAACGUUGCGCAGGCCGCUGGGAUCAACUUCACGGAUGUGUCGCGUCUCAGCCUGCAGUGGUUCCCGAUGGGCUCGUACUCGGAGACGGUGUCGUACCAGUUGGUGGGCGCAGAUAGUCUCGGGAUCAGCAAGGUACGCUUCGCGAUCGACAUGUCUUCGCCAUUUUUCGGCAUCCGGCCGAAGAGUGGAGCACUAGUACACUUUUCGGAGGACAAGUUGGUCAACGACACCAGUGGAACCCCUUGGAUAGCCCUCGUGUCGUGCGACGCCAACUCCACCAACGCAUCCAUGGAGGACGAUAUCUUCACAUUGGCGCGAGACAGGGGAGCGGUCGCCGCACUCCUAUACUCGCUGAAGUCAGUCACAUGUUUCAUCAACCCGGAGUAUUCGAACCCCGCAAAGUUCGACCAGGUCAUGGACAUCUUCGCCACCCAGAAUCUCACGUCGUCCCAACUGAUUGAGGAUCAGUUCGAAAAUAGCUCGUCCAAGUACUACUGGUUCAGCGCGUCGACCCUGAACGACUCCUCGGCCGUUAUCCAGACCGCGAUCGUGAACCACACCAUGCCACAGGCGGGAUACCUGUUCGCGACGCUCGCCGCGUGGAAUGCGACGGACAACAGCACGGCGACGGGGACGGCCACCAGCACCGAUGGCGGGCAGACUGGCACGGGUGGUCCAGACAAGAACACAAACACGAGUCUCGCAAUGAUCAUACUCUACGCCAUCACGGGCUGCGUCUCCGCGCUGUUCUGCGUGGUCAUCAUAUCCGGCGCGGUCAGAGCCAUCCGACACCCCGAGCGGUAUGGCCCGCGCUCUGCGGGCACCGACGGCUUCGCUGGGCCCCAAGGGGCGUUCGGGCCCCAGAGCCGUGCGCGCGGCCUCACGCGCGCGAUCCUCGACACGUUCCCGGUCGUCAAGUUCGGGCGCGCCGACGCUCCCACAGACGCACCCGCCUCUGCGAAAGACAUCGAGAGCGUGGGCACGGACGAGCUCCCCCAGCUCGAUGACCCAGACAGCAAGGCGCGCUAUGGGGACAGCGACGGCGAUAUCGGGGACGGCGACAGGGACGGCGACGCGCACGCACACGCCCUUGCUGCGGUGCCCACGCUCCGCCACGGCCCCCACGGAGACGCCCGGGAAGAGGACGAGGACCCGUCGAAGCGUGCGAGCUCGUCGUCGCACGUCCCCCCGGCGGUCCCACGCCCGGUGAGGCGGCCGCCGCGCGAGGACGCACGCGCAUCUGCAAGCGAGCGGGACGUCGUCCCGGAUGCGAUUGGGCGGGAGACGUGUCCGAUCUGCAUCGUCGACUUCGAGGAGGGCGACGAUUUGCGCGUGCUCCCGUGCGAGGGGCACCAUCGGUUCCACCAGGAGUGCGUCGACCAGUGGCUGCUGGAGCUUUCGAGCAGCUGUCCGCUGUGCAGGCAGGACUUCCACGCGCUGCAGACGAUGAUGGCGGCGAGCGACUCCGGCGAGCACCUAGAGCCGCCGCACAUGCCCGGGGCGGCCCGCCCGAUGUCGACCGCGGCCGCGCGGUUCUCGCGAUACCUCAAGUUCGCACGGAGGCGGCGGCAGCAGCGGCGCGUGCGCGGCGACGCGAGCGGGUACGACACGACGAACCGGCCGAUGUCGGUCGCGGAGGAGCCGUCUGCUUGA